AUGUCAAAAGUCUUAUAUUUGCUUUUAGUUCUACAGCUUUUAGGUGCCACAAAUAUUCAUAAUACAUCCUUAAGUGAACAGCCUUCCACAACAGAGAGACAAAUGCAAAAAAAUUGCACUGAAGGGCAAAACGAUUGCGUUGAGUGCAAUAAUGAAAGGACUGAAUGCGUCACUUGUAGACUUCUAGAACAAUAUGUAGAUCGAGUAGGAGCUUGUGCAUGGAAUUAUUGUCCGUCAAGAGAUGAUGAUUUUUUGUAUGUUGAUCCUGGGAGACCUGGGUGUAGGAGGUGUCAUGGAAAAUUCAACUUAUGUGACUGGUGUACAUGAAAGGGUUGUACCACAUGCAAGCAUGGAUAUUACGUACUCCAAGUUUAUAUCAAACAAAAUAUUAUCACAUUUUCAUGGCUAGUGCUUAUUAUUUUUGAUUACCUCGAAAAUAAUAUAUUUAUUAAAUCUAUUUUUCUAAAACUAAAUACAUAUACCCUAUUUUUAAAUUUUCUUCGAAAGUUAGUUUUCAAUGUGAAUUUUAAAAUAAAAGAGACAGAGUUAGAUCCUAUAAUGAAGCAUUGCUCUCGCUGCAAUUCAGGAUGCGGUGACUGCAUUGAUUCUUCAAGUUGUAUUCGAUGUAUGGAGCCUUUUUCAGUGCCAUACUCAGACGGGUCAUGUCCUACAAAUAAUUUUGGAACUUUUUAUAAUCCAUCAACAGGCCAUAUAGAAUUCUGUCCAAAAGGAUGCAAACAUUGUGAUAUCAAUGGAUGUAUAGAAUGCUGGGCAAGGGACGCAACCAAUUACGGAUUAUUUUGUCGAUGUGAUAAUCAAGGCUGGAAAUACACUAGUUCUCCCGCUAGUAGCUCAUGUCAAAUUAGAACUAUUCCUGAGGGCUGCGAUAGACAUAGUUUUGAGUUAUUUGACUAUUGGGGGAGUGUGUAUUGCCAUACUUGCAAGCCAGGGUUUUUUAAAGAAGGGCAUCAAUGCUCUGCCUGUGGUUUAGGAUGUGGUAAAUGCAAAAAUCGGAAUUCCUGUGAAUCAUGCUUUGAUCCAGAAAAUAGCUACAUAGUCGGCAAUCAAUGCAUAUUCUUUUAG